AUGAUAGCCUAUUCCAAGGAAUUAGACUAUCCAGAUCAUGUCCGUCGGUGUCUCAUUUUUUUUUUUGCAGAUGAUUCUCUGAUCUUUUUCAAAGCUAAUCCGGCAUCCUGUGCAGAAGUGAAGAAUGUUCUAUCUCGAUUUAAUCGAUUUUCAAGUGAAGUGAUCAACUAUAACAAAUCCCUCAUAAUGUUCAGCCCAAAUACUCCACCUCGAUUCAAGCGAUAUAUGAGGAGUAUUUUAGGUACUCCUUUUGCGGAGACCUUGGGGAAAUAUCUAGGAUGCAAUAUUGAAGUGGAUGGGAGAAGCUCUCAGAAAUUUCUUCCGUUGGUUGAGAAGGUUGAGAGGCGAAUAUCAAGCUGGCAUCACCUCUCCCUUUCACAUGCGGGAAGAGUCAUUCUCAUCAAUAGCAUCCUCGCAAUGCUUAGUCUCAAUAUCCUCAGUGUGUUCCUUAUCCCAAAGGCCACGGCUGACAAAAUAAACUCGAUCUUUGUAGGAUUCCUAUGGGCAGGCUCAAGAGUCCUUUGCACUAAGUACAAAGGCUCCCCAGUUACCCUAAAUUUGUCUAAGGAAAAGCUGGGAAGAACCUCUUGGGGUUUUCGUGGCCUUUGUAGGUCAGUUCUUGAUUGUCGAGAUGGAUUCACAAAGCAAAUAGGUGAUGGUUUACACACAAAUGUUUUAACGGAGAAAUGGCUUAGAGGAGACCCAAUCAAGGUGAAGCAAGGCAUUAACCUCGCAGAAAUAAGCAUCCAGAAAGUCAAGGACUUGAUGAUUCCAAAUCAUAAAGCAUGGAAUAGACCCCUCAUUUGGAGAAACUUUACCACUGACACGGCCAUUAGAAUCUUAACAACCCACAUACCUAGUGAAGAUUUCCAGGACACUUUUGCUGGAAAAUUUCCUGCAGCUGUUCUGGAAAGAGGAUGGAAUCAUGUCGAAAGAGCAAAAGUAUUCAUAGCCACUCUUUGGACUAUAUGGAUCCAUCGGAACAAUGUGGUGUUUAGGAAUAUCUCUGCAAGCCGAGUUACCAUUUUGUCACAGAAGGAAGCCUAUCUAAAAGAUUAUGAAGAAGGGCACAAGAUUCGAGAGGUAUAUAAGUCCAAUAAGCUCUCGGGUCUUAAUAAACCAUAUGAGAUCCCGCUUUCCACUGUUCCACCACAGGAAGAUUUAUGCACCAUUCUGGUAGACGGUGCCUGGAAACGAAGCACACAACAAUACCCACACGCAGGAAUAGGUUGGGCAGCCUAUGUUAACAAUACCAAAGUCUUCGAAGGAAAUUCCAAGAUCAUGGCUUUGUCACCCCUUCAAAAUGAAGCUUAUGCUAUGUAUCGAGGCCUGCACGAAGCUAUAACUAAAGGUUUCAACCGCAUUCUAGUCCUCUCAGAUUCUACAGAGUUAGUUCAAACCACUGACAGAUACAACCAACCAUUCGACAUCGCCACAAUAGUUUAUGAUAUGAAAGCACUGCGUAGUAAGUUUAAUUCUUGUAAAAUUUGUAAGGUAAGCCGAGAAGUAGUAGACCCGGCCCACAUUCUAGCUACAGCAGCUAGACAGGGUAAGAUAAUCAUCUAG